GGCUCGGUGUUUCGGGGCGGAAGAGGUCGGGAAUUCCUGCGCCGGGCUGUUUGGCGGAGCUCCCGGGCGGAGGGUGGAUGAGGUUGAUGCUGCUCUGCUGUACCUGGAAGGACGAGCGCAUGGGGGAGGAGGAAGCUGGUGGACGAUUGCCAUUGUGUGCGGGAUGUGGACAGCACAUUUAUGAUGAGCAAUACCUGCAGGCCCUCAGUACUGACUGGCACACCAUUUGUUUCAGAUGCUGUGAAUGCAGUGGCUCUCUAUCUCGGUGGUACUAUGAGAAAGAUGGCCGUCUCUUCUGCAGGAAGGAUUACUGGGCCAAGUUUGGGGAGCUGUGUCACGGCUGCUCUGAGCCCAUCACCACUGGGCUCAUCAUGGUCGCAGGCGAGCAGAAGUAUCACCCCGAGUGUUUCACCUGCCUGAAUUGUCGCACCUUCAUCGGCGAUGGAGACAACUACGCUCUGGUGGAGAGGUCCAAGCUGUACUGCGGACAUUGCUAUUAUGAGACCAUCGUGACCCCGGCGACGUUGCCUGACUCUCCAUGCUCACGAAUCCCUCACACAGUCACACUGGUGUCUAUUCCAGCUUCCACAGAUGGAAAGCGUGGCUUCUCUCUCUCCAUCGAUCAGGGAGGCAGCCCAAACGGCUACGGUACUGACUACAACCACACGGUCCGCGUGUCCCAGGUGGAUUCAGAGUGCAUCAGUCCAGAUGUGAAGAACUCCAUACAUGUUGGCGACCGCGUCCUGGAGAUCAACGGCACCCCCAUCCGGAAUGUUCCAGUCGAUGAGAUCGAUUUGCUCAUCCAAGAGACCAGUCGACUCCUGCAGCUCACUAUCGAGCAUGACCCCCUUGACCCCGACAACCCCAGCAGCUCGUUUGGGGAUCAAGUGGACGGACCGAGCCCACUGCCUGAGAGGCAAAGCCCGGUUCCACCGAUCACACAGCCACCAAAUCACGACCUCAACAACCUGCGCUCCCGCGUGAUCACGCGUAGCUACAGUAUUGAUAAGUCACCGUGUUCCAGUAAUGCUGCGUCCCCAAUGUCUCUGAGGAAGGAUAUCGGACGAUCCGAGUCUCUCCGUGUCGUGACAAACCGCACGCACAGAAUCUUCCGGCCGUCUGAUCUAAUCCACGGAGAAGUGCUAGGAAAGGGCUGCUACGGUCAGGCUAUUAAGGUGACCCACAGGGAAACGGGGGAGGUGAUGGUCAUGAAGGAGCUCAUUCGCUUUGAUGAUGAGACUCAGUGGACCUUCCUUAAGGAGGUAAAAGUAAUGAGAUGCCUGGACCACCCCAACGUCCUCAAGUUCAUCGGGGUCCUGUACAAAGACAAGCGGCUGAACUUCAUCGCCGAGUACAUCAAAGGAGGCACCCUGAGGGACAUCAUUAAGAAAAUGGACAGUAAUUAUCCCUGGAACCAGAGAGUGAGUUUUGCCAAGGAUAUUGCAUCUGGAAUGGCCUACCUACAUUCCAUGAACAUCAUCCACCGUGAUCUCAACUCUCACAAUUGCUUGGUUAGAGAGAACAACAGUGUCGUGGUGGCGGACUUUGGGCUCGCUCGCUUAAUGGUAGAAGACAAGAACCAGGACAAACUGGGAAAGAUCCAGGGUGUGAAGAAACCAGACAGGAGGAAGAGAUACACGGUUGUGGGCAACCCCUACUGGAUGGCUCCAGAAAUGAUUCAUGGAAAGAGCUACGACGAGAAAGUGGACAUCUUUUCCUUCGGCAUCAUGCUGUGCGAGAUUAUCGGGCGGGUCAAUGCAGAUCCAGACUACUUGCCCCGAGCCACAGACUUUGGCCUCAACGUGAACGGUUUUCUGGAGCAUUAUUACCCUCCAGAUUGCCCCCGCACUUUCUUCCCUCUGGCUGUCUUAUGCUGUGACCUGGAUCCUGAGAAACGGCCUUCAUUUGCAAAGCUGGAAGAAUGGCUUGAGAAGCUAAAGAUGCACUUGGACAUGCGCUUCCCACUGGUGUCAGAGCUGGAGCAGGUCCAUCUAGACUUCUGGCAGAAGCAUCCGCCUGAUGAGAACAAGCUGUCCACUCAUCCAGAGCAGCCCGAAUAGCCAAUUAGGAUCUGAUCUCAUGGUGUUCAUUCCGAAAUCCGUUGCAAAAAACCUGCUGGAUAAGGAGUGCUUGGGCUUGGGAAUCGCCUGCUUAUUGGACUGGCAUUCAGUGAAGUUCUGUCUAUAACUGGAGGUCCACAGUAGGAUUUGGAGAGCACAGUCGAUGGCGGAUUCAGUGGGUUUUGAAGAAUUAAUUUUCCUUCCUCCUGAAAUGCCAGGCAUCAUCCCUCUCCUGUCACUUUAGCUUCUCCAGUGUCUGAGUUAUUGACAUCCAGUAUACACGUGUUAACUGAAUUAUUGAUGGCGUGGCUAGUUUUGAAAUGGUAUAUCCAUCUGUUUUCAUUCAGACUCUGUAAAAAGGACUCAUUUUCAAGGGGCUCCAUGUUCUGCAAGUCAAAAAAUAAGGGUAGUGCAUGUUUGUAAAUAGUCUGUUCUUCUGCCCUGCUUGUUGUCCGGCAGUGAAUACAAGACAAAAUGGACUCCUUUUAGAUGUGUGUACAAAACGCUUCCUUUAGUUUUGUCUUUCAAUCCAUGUAGCUUUGACAAUGUUUUGUCUACAGCAGUGGUGUCAAACCUGUUUUAGGUAACAGCCCACACUGUUUAGUCCAAAGUCAAGUGGGCCAAUAACACAUGAACAUCUCCUCCUAAAUGUGUUCGUUUAUCAGCGUUUCACUGAAUGAUUCGUUCUGAAUGCACAAAAAGGAUUAAACAAUUCGCAUACAAAAUAGAUAGAAUUGGCAAGUCAUUAAAAAAAAAAAAGUUGAUGGUUUUACCAUACUGUGCCCUGCAUAAGUAUUUAUUCCCUUAAUGUGGUUUGGGGUUUUUUGUUUUGUUUUUUUUAAAUAGGUCCAACAACCCAAUAAUAUUGAAUUUAGGGGAUGACGGGGAUCCAAAUAGGGUCAUUUGUGUGUGGGGUUUUUUGGGUGUUUUUUUUUUUUUUUGUAAGGUCUCGCAACCCAAUAAUAUUGAAUUUGGGGGAUGACUGGGAUCCGUGCAGGGUUGUUUGUAUGUGGGUGUUUUAUUUUUUGGUAAGGUCUCACAACCCAAUAAUACUUAAUUUGGGGGAUGAUGGGGAUCAGUAUAGGUUUGUGUGUACGGUUUUUAUUUUUUGGAAGGUCUCACAAUCCAAUAAUAUUGAAUUUGGGGGAUGACUGGGAUUCGUACGGGGUGGUUUGUGUGUGGGGUUUUUUUUUGGUCACAAUCCAAUAAUACUUAAUUUGGGGGAUGACAGGGACCCGUGUAGGUUUUUUGUUUGUUUGGUUUUUUAAGGGUCUUACAAACCCAAUCAUAUUGAAUUUGGGGGAUUACGGGGAUCGGUAUAGGUUUUGUUUUUUUUUCCCUUUUUUUUGGGGGGGGGGGG